CACAAAUGUGCCGCUGCAGCGCACUGUAAACGCUGCCCGCGCUGCCCAAACACGCGUCAAUCAUGCGACGCAUGCUCCUCUGCGCCACGUGGGCGGCGCUGGACGCCAAGCUCACCCUCAUGGACGGCCGCGGCGGCAGCCGUGGCAAGUGCGAGCCGCAGUACAUCCCUAUAGGUGGAGGCGGCGGGUCGGGGAUGAGCGAGGCGGAGAUCAAACUACUCGUACAAAACGAGGUCGCAUCUUUGAGGGACGACCUGGUGGGCCGGAUGCAGACCGCGGCGUCGAUGGCGACACAACCGCUGGAACAGGCCCUGAGCGAGACCCAGGCCGAGUGCCGGACGUUGGAGAGGUUAGAUGAAGCUAUUGAGAUAUUAAAACGGGCGCCGGGCAUCGAGGAGGUCGACCAGCGCCUCGCUUUUUCUGAUGCGAAGCUCGCGGCGGCGCUCGCGCGCCUCGACGCGGCGACGCUGGCCGCCUCUAAGACCGCGUCGCCUCCCCCGGAGACCGCGUCGCCUCCUCCGGAGGGCGCCGCUCCGAGCGGCCUCGACGCGAAGCGGCUGGAGCGGCUGGAACAGGCCGUCGCAGAUUUAACUCGUGACGUCGCCGCGGCGACGGCCGCCGCGCGGACCGCGGCGAGCGCCGCGAACGCGGUACCCGCGUCCUCGUCGAAGCCCGCUGCCUCGCGACCACCACCACCACCACCGGUGUCGGGCGACGCCGCGGCGGCGGCGCUCGCGCGCGCCGGCGAGCUCGAGCGCGCGGUCGUCGACGUCGCCGAGGCUCUAGAAAGAGAAGCUCGGGCGCGCAUGGACGCCGACACGGCCGUCGACGGGCGCAUGCUCAAGCUGGAGAACGCGACGCUCGGCGUCGCCGAGCGCCACGCGAAGGCCCUCGAGACGCUCAUCACGUACACGUACCCGUUCCAGCAGCGGGGGGUGAGCAUGUCCUAGUACGUAGUUUGUGUUUUUCUUUU